AUGUCGGUGUCGCUCUCGGCUCUCGCCUUUCUGGCCCAUGCCGUCGUCGAGAUCCCGGCUGCAGCCUCGUUCGUCCUGACACCACAGCGGCAGCUGAGCCCGGCCGCAGCCACGCCAGAGGUGCUGCUGGUGCUGCAGAACCUGGGCGGGCUCCUCGUCGCCUCUGUCCUCGCCAGUCUGGUGCUGGUGGCAAGGGGCCACGCCAUCGCCCCAUCUACCAGAGGCCUACUAGCCCUGGCCCUGGGCAGUUACCACUUCUUCCCCUGCCGGCGAGCGGCCCUUCGGCUUAGACACGAUAUUGGCAUCAGGGGACCACAGGGCCGCACGCUGGGUGGCCCAAGAGUCCAUCUGGUCGUGCACCUUGUCUGUCUGGCCUUGCUUGUUCUGGCCGGCCUGACCGACGUCAUUGUUGCAAGGCACGAGUGA